CUAAUUUUUGGUAAAAUUAAUAGAAAAUUGAAUGGGGAAAGGAGGAAGAAAGAGGGAGUAGAAGUGCAAGUUUGGCUCACAUGGCGACUUUCCAUUUUGGACAAUCUGUGUUCUUCCGGCUUCGUUUUACCCUCCGCUGCUGUGUUCUUAUCUCUUAAUCUUUCAGUUCGUGAAGAGAGAGAAAGAGAGGAGAGAGAGAGAGAGAGAGAGAGAGAGAGGGUGGGGUUUUGGCCCUUUUCCUGCAAUCUUGGUCUCUCGAGGGGUCAUGGAAGAAGCACACAGGAGGAGGAGGAGAAGGUGAGAUUUCUUGAAUUGAAGGAUAUUGCCACUGGUCCAUUUGAUAAACCUUUCUUCUUUGUUUGAUAUUGGCGUCAACGUUUUCUAUUGGGCUGUCGGUUGGCUUCUCGUGACGGUCUGGUGUAGUCAAUUGUGGCUGCUGGAACUCCGGAAAGGGUUCAAGGAAUUCUUCUUUUUGUUGGCUAAUUAUGAUCUGGGGGUUAUUCUUCAUAGUUGAGUCUGCUUCUCCUUAAUCAUUAUGUCCUUGCUCGUGUGCUCCCCUGUGAUUCUUGAUCUCUGUUGAGUUUUUGAGUUGAAUGACUGUUGAUUUGAAUGUUCUUGAGCCAUGGCUGGUAUCGAUGUUUCGAAGUAUGCGCAUAGUCCGGUACACAAGGCUGUGGCCACCAGAGAUUAUACCAAUCUCAAGAGAAUCUUUGCAGGCCUUCCUCGGCUUUGCAAUCCUUCUGAGAUUCAUACUGAGGCUGCUUCAUUGGCUGAGGAAAGCAAGGCUGAUGCCAUUUCUGCUAUGGUUGAUUGUCGAGAUGUCCCGAAUCGGGAUACUCCACUGCAUUUGGCUGUAAAGCUUGGGGAUGAGACUGCUACCGAAAUGCUCAUGGUUGCAGGGGCAGAUUGGAGCUUGCAGAAUGAGAAUGGUUGGAGUGCACUUCAGGAAGCAAUUUGCAGUAGACAAGAAGGGAUUGCUAUGAUAAUUGUUCGGCACUACCAGCCUCUGGCUUGGGCGAAAUGGUGUCGGAGAUUGCCUCGCUUGAUUGAGACUAUGCGAAGAAUGAAGGAUUUCUACAUGGAAAUCACAUUCCACUUUGAGAGUUCGGUGAUCCCGUUCAUAUCUAGAAUUGCUCCUUCAGAUACUUACAAGAUCUGGAAAAGAGGUGCUAACUUGAGAGCAGAUAUGACACUGGCCGGUUUUGAUGGAUUUAGGAUCCAACGUGCCGACCAGAGCGUUCUUUUUCUUGGUGAUGGGACUGAGGAUGGGAAAGUACCUUCUGGUUCACUCUGUAUGGUCUCACACAAGGAGAAGGAGGUAAUGAAUGCUUUGGACGGUGCUGGUGCUCAAGCAACUGAAGAAGAGAUUAGACAAGAAGUGACAGCAAUGUCUCGGACUAAUAUAUUUAGACCCGGGAUUGACGUCACUCAGGCUGUUCUUUUGCCGCAGCUGACUUGGAGGCGCCAGGAGAAAACCGAAUUGGUGGGUGCCUGGAAAGCUAAAGUAUACGAUAUGCAUAAUGUGGUCGUUAGUAUCAAAUCCAGGAGGGUCCCUGGGGCAAUGACAGAUGAUGAAUUCUUCUCAUCAUGUAAUGAAAAUGAAACUGAGAGCGAGGAGUUUGCUGACAUUUUAACCGAGGAUGAACGAAAGCAACUUGAGAAUGCACUUAAAUUAGAUUCCACUGAUUUGGCUUCUUCUGAGAAUGGUGACGGGACUAUUGCGCAUCGGCACAGUUGUGUUGAACAAAGGGAAGUUCCUGUCGAGGAUGUAAAUGGAUGUAGAAAUGGAGAGAUUCGACCAGAAAAGAAAGGAUGGUUCGGUGGAUGGAGGAAACGGGAUAGCAAAAACGAAGGGCAAAAGAGGAUUGCUCCUCCAAGAAGCUCCCUUUCUAUCGAUGAUAAGGUAGGUGAUCUUCUAGGGGACUCUCCUACCGAAAAUCAUAGCAGCAUCCCUGUAAGACAUUCUGUAGAGAUAGUCCCUGAACACCGAAGAGGAAGGGAAACGAGAGCUACCUCUUCGACUUCUGAGAGCAAAAAUCGGCAUAAGGACGGGAGUCAUGAAAACGAGUACAAGAAAGGGUUAAGACCCAUUCUUUGGCUCUCUCCGAACUUUCCUCUACAAACUGAUGAACUAUUGCCAUUGCUGGAUAUUUUAGCUAACAAGGUCAAGGCAGUUCGGCGUUUAAGAGAACUACUUACCACAAAACUCCCACUGGGAACCUUUCCAGUCAAGGUUGCCAUUCCUGUGGUUCCAACGAUCAGAGUGAUUGUUACCUUCACAAAAUAUGAAGAACUUCAACCGGUGGACGAGUUCGCGACGCCCCCAUCAAGCCCUACAGCUGCAGCAGCAGGCAGGGAGAGCCCUUCCGCCACAAAUGCCUCGAGUUCAUCUUGGUUUCAGUGGAUAAAAGCCCCGUAUCAACGCUCGAAUUCAUCGUCCAGUGUUUCUAGCAGUAGGAUAGAAACUCUGGAAGACCCGUUCGCCAUCCCCCGUGAUUACACCUGGGUUACUGCUGAAGCAAAGAAAAAGAAAAUGCAGGAAAAGAACAAAGCAAAGAAAGGGAGAAGUCGCCGUGAUUGAUCGAAUCAAAAGUCGUCACGAGUUCGAUUCCCUCGAAGUCGAAACACCGGUGAGAGGCUCAUUCAAAACAAAAUAGAAGAACAGAUACGAGGUAGGAAAUAGUUUUUACUCGUUUAAAAAUUCAUCGAUUCGUGUUUACUUUGAAGGAAGAAAUUCUUGUAGGAAAUCAUCGCUCGGGUAGAAAGAAUAACACACUGUUGUGAAUUUGUACAAUUUUUACACCAUUUACUUUCACUUCUUACAUUGUUUUCUUAAUUAACAAGCUCAUGGGGUAAUAUUUUUGUGUA